UAAGUGGUCCAAUUGCGGCCGAUAUUGGAUGGAAGGGACAAGUGGAAACUAGUACGUACAACAUGCUGGACCGAGCGUGCCUUAUCCUGCAGCUGCAGGGCCGGCCGGGCACCCUGCGCCGCCAGGAGUGUCUCCUUUAUACUAUGGCAGUGGGCAGGUACAUGCGCCUCUAGGUACUCACGUGCAACCAGCCCCAACUCUGGCUCCAUCGGCAACUCCGACUCCUAUGCAGUACCAACCAGUACUCAAUCAGUGGAGCGCACACCCCUGGGGUCCACCCCAACAGCAGCCUACUCCUUGGGCAAGCAACGCACCAUGGAUGGGAAGCGUGCCAUUCCCUCAGGUGCCUACAGUGGUACAACCUAUUCAACAGCCUGCUCAGGCGGUGAUUCAGCCGCAACAGCCUCUUGCUCAAUCGAAUCCACAUGGCCUUUAUGGUGGACAUGGUGGUAGCUCGGCGUCAAGCGGAGGGGGCAAACGACCUGCCGCGAACAAUUUUCCCGGUCCAGGAAAUCGCGCAUACUUCACCAAGGAAUAUAUGGAGAUACUGGAGAGCAUAAAGUCUAACAAAGCAAUUGAUGAAGCCAGGAAGAACCUUGUCGGCCCAAGAACUGGGGAUGUCAAGAGGAGUGGCACGCGGAGCUUUGAGCCUCCCGAUGAAAGCAAUAGAGAUGGUGCGCGUUUCGAAAAGAGCGAGGAUAUGAAAGCGUGGGUUACCUCCACGCUGGGCGAAUCCUUGAAACUCAUCAACGCGAAAUUAGACGAUGUUGACAAGAAGUCCAAGCUGGAUGCCACUGAGCGUGAGGAGUUGGAGCGCCUCCGGCGGGAAGUGCAAGGCGAUAAUAAGGAACAAUCGAGCAAUGAGAAGCGCAAGAGAAGUGGAGUCCGCACUCCGAUGGAGAACCCCCCAUCUGCUGCAAGCGCCAGACCAAGGUCAAAGGGCAGUUCGAAAACCAAGCCAAAACGCAUUGAGUUGUCUGAUGACGAAGGACCUUCAGGCACUAAGCAAAACUUGCAGACCAAGCUCGAAAGCACAAGCAGCGAAUUGUCGAACAUCAAGCGGAUGCUUGCAGCACUUAUGUUCAGCUUGCCUGAUCCGAAGGGAAAGGCAAAAGUCAUCCUGUGAGAAGAGAAGGAACAACUGGAGGAAGAGGUUCCCGAAGAAGUGAACGUAGUACAAAACGCUCAC